CACGUGACGGACGAGCGGACUCACCACCGACACUUCUCGAGCUUUCUGCGCUACAGAAUAUCCGGUUACGCUCCCGACGUCAAGCUGCACGUCGCCAACCGUAUCUACUGCGAAAAGGAGCUCCGGGUCCGCAAGGAGUACCUAGAUUUUCUUGGGGACAGCUAAGCCACCAGCGUGGAAUCCGUCGACUUCCGAAACCAAGCGAACGAGGUGAGGCGGGAGAUCAACGACUGGGUCGAGCCGGCCACGUCGUCCAAGAUCAAGGACCUGCUUGCUCUGGGAGUCGUACAUUCUUCGACUCUCCUGGUUCUCGUCGACGCCAUCUACUUCAGGGGCCUGUGGAAGGACCAGGUCGACCCGCUGUGCACCCAGCCCCACCACUUCUACCUGGGUUCGAGAAACAAGAAGUUCGUCGAAAUGGUGGUGCAGAACAGCGACUACCGCAUGACCAGAAGCGACGAAAUGAAAGUCACUGCCCUGGAAGUUCCUUACAAGGGCCUCAACACAUCUCUGGUCAUACUGCUGCCGGAGGAGGUUGACGGUAUUGAGUUCCUGGCAAAAAACGUAACGGCAGACAACCUGGUCACCCUCAUUCAUAGUUUCCGCAUUCGAAGGGACGUCGAAUUGCGCCUCCCGAAGCUCAGACUGGAGCAAUUCAUAACCUUGAACGACACUUUGAAGCGUAUUGGCGUUAAGGACCUCUUCUCGACUGACUGCGAUCUUUCGGGAAUCUGCGAGAACGGCAAGCUGUUGGUGACAGAGGUGAUACACAAGGCUUACAUCGAGAUCAAUGAAAAAGGCACAGAGGUGGCGGCGGUGACAGCAGAAGUUGUAGAAGAAUGCAGCUUGAUCUCGCAUAAAAAACGCUUCCUUGUGGACCACCCCUUCAUGUUCCUGAUAAUGUGCAAUGAUCCAUAACUUGUACUCUUCAUGGGGUCGGUCCGUGAGCUAUAGGAUGCUGAAAGGUUUGGCUUGGUUCGUAAGAGAAAUGUGCUAUAAUUAGUGGUGGGAGAAUAUCAAAAUUUUCGGAUACGAAUCGAAUACGAAUAUUGAGUAUCGAAUACCGGAUCGCAUAUCGAAUUGUCAAACGUAGACGCAUAUAUUUACAGCAGGGCUACUUAUUUCUGUAUAGUUAGGUACCAUGCCUGUACUGACUGGUCCAAGAAAGACAGCUAUCAGCUAUGUGCCACGCAGCAUAAAGUGUCGACACUAAAGAAAACAUAUAUGAACGACACGCAGCUUUUAUUCAGAUAUGUUGCCUGUUAUAUUUAUUUCCGCAUUUCGGCGUCGUUUCGUGCAGCCGUGGAACAGAUUCCAUGUGACUUAGUUCAAAGCCCUGUUCUCGUAAUCGUGACCUUUAGCAUCGCAGUGGCUGCACAAAGAAAGCUGGCAUCCUGACUAUUAAAAAAAUAAAAUAAAAGACAUCACAAUAAGUCUCCUACUACGACAAGUGAUUUUGUGGAGAGGAUGCCAAAUCAGCAGCGCAAAUUCAUGAAGAAAUGGCAAGCAUUUGAAAAAUACAAGUUAAAAGAUAGGCGAAGGGCGGACGCGUUGGUACGUUGAGUGCACUCUGUCAUUGGUAACAUUUAGGAUAGCACAAAUAACUGACAAUGUCUUUUCAAACUGAACAAUAAUGAUCUUUGAACAGGAAAUCGUUAAAGAAAUGCAGCUGCAUCCUGUAAGGCUCGUGCGCUCCGAAUCGUGGACGGAAA